GCGCCCGCAAUUGGUUGCCUCGCGCUCCCCAGUGUCUUCCUGGCCGGUGGUGCUUCGGGUCGCUGCAGCCCCGUGCGUUGCGCGAGCAGCAAUGAGCCUGGCGUAGUACGCGGCAUCCUGCGCGUGGUGCCCUACGGCGUUCUCGGGAGCAGCAGCGCAGGGGCCAAGGCCCCAGCGCCGGAUGCCACGACCGCCUUCGUGGAUCCCGCUGGCAUGCACCACAUCCAGGGCUCUCCAGGGAACGCCGGAGGAGCCGCCGGUGUGAUCUACAA